CGCCCCCUUCCCUCCUUCCAGUCAGCAUUCAAAUAUUCAGAUUCCACGAAUCCUCUUCCCCAACCUAGACACGUCUAUUUUCUCCAACUUGGAAAAUGUCUGAUGAUGGUUAUGGUGGAGGUGGAGGUGCAGCAGACGAUUAUGACUACGACGGCCCUAGUUACGCCGAAGAUGCUUUCGUUGACGACAGCUAUGAUCUACUUGCAAAUCAGGACGUUGAAGGUCAACAAGGCGAAGAGGGCGCCGAUCAAGGGCCUCAUAUAAAUGGAAUCAACGGGGCAGAUCAUGACCAAGAGAUGGCGAACGGUGAAGACGGUCAACAACCACCUGUCACUACAAGUGCACUUGGGGAAAGGCAGCCCAACAAAGAACGCGUAACGACACCAUACCUAACAAAAUACGAGCGUGCACGGAUUUUAGGGACGAGAGCGCUGCAGAUCAGCAUGAACGCUCCAGUUCUCGUUCCCUUGGAUGGUGAAACGGACGCUCUUCAAAUUGCCAUCAAAGAAUUGUCCCAACGAAAAAUCCCCCUCAUCAUUCGACGGUACCUUCCAGAUGGUAGUUUCGAAGAUUGGAGUGUGUCGGAAUUGAUCACCGACUGAGAUGUCAUUUGGCGUUCUUGAUAUCGUUCUUAGUUUUCUUACAUAGCACAAUAAGUUCCUACACGAAUAUCGGAAAACCAUCCUCCUUCCGAGACGCGUAACGUCGGUGGUCAAGAUUGUUGCUUGUUGUGCCAGCGGGGAUCGUGAUGAGUUCUCAGUGAGGAUGGACUGCUGAAUUCCGGUUUCCGUCAUAAUGGGUAACUUGAUAAACUUCCCCAACCUCCUUUCCUUCUAAAUAAUACACCCAGAACGUAAGCGUACAAGACAGGCUUUUUUACUAUGUACUCAUUGUGCAUACCAAGCUCUGAAAUCGCAC